AUGUCAAGUCUAUGGUGUUUUUGUGACGGAAAGAUAGAGAUAAAGGAAACUGUCAUAGAUGUCCAAGGAGACGGACUAAGACAGAAUAGCCAAGAUCUUUUAAUGGAAGAAACUGAUUACUAUUUCGUAAGACAGCCAAUAAUAGUAAGCCCGAAGAAAAUUUAUGCAUGCAUAUUUUGCAGCCUAAAUUUCAAUAAUCCAAUUGAUUUGGAGAAGCAUAAUCUGCGCCACACGCCGAAUAGGCAAUUCUGUCCUAUUUGCGACGAGCAUCAUGAAGGUAACCAAGAAAUGCAAUUGCAUAUGGAACAGCAUGAGUCGUGUGGAAACUAG